GUCACCUCUUGGCCCCUCUCCGCCUGGGAGGAGAAGUACUUGCUGAAGGCCGCCAGGAUGUUGCGGUGCGCCCGGAACUCCACGUCUCUCACUACGAUGGUGACGUCGCACAGGAAGUCCAUCUCCCGCUGCUGGUGGAGGCGUUGCAGGAGCAGCUUGCCAUGGUUGGCGCCCUGAGCCAUGGCUAGGAGAGAGGGAGCCCAAACCGUGUCGGAGUUGCUGAUUGGCCUGUCAGAGUACGUCAGUCUCUCUGACUCCUCCCCGGCAGCGCCCGACUUGGCACGGACGCAGCAGCGGCUGCCACCCAAACCGCCGCCGCCACCAACACCGCCGCCGGUAGUUGCUGCUAGUGCGAGCGCGGCUCACUUAGCUAGCGCGCCGGCUGAGCCGUUAGCCCGACCAGCUACCAGAGUUGCAACUUCCCGCUCAUUCGCCGACUUCACACAUCAGGUGACGUUUGACAUAAAGAAAUGCGACUUGCAUGGUUUGGAGGAGGGGCCACCAGCGAAGGCGGAGCUAACGCGCGAGCAGGGCCUGCAGUAUUACCGCACCAUGCAGACGGUGAGGCGCAUGGAGCUGAAGGCCGAUCAGCUCUACAAGCAGAAAAUCAUCCGCGGGUUCUGUCACCUGUAUGACGGACAGGAAGCGUGCGCCGUCGGCAUCGAGGCCGCCAUUAACCCGACCGAUCACCUGAUCACGGCCUACCGAGCACACGGCUACACGUACACCCGCGGCGUGUCCGUCAAAGAGAUCCUGACCGAGCUCACAGGCAGAAAAGGGGGCGUGGCCAAAGGCAAAGGAGGCUCCAUGCAUAUGUACGCACCCCAUUUCUAUGGCGGGAACGGCAUUGUGGGAGCGCAGGUUCCGCUGGGUACUGGGGUCGCUCUGGCCUGCCAGUACCAAGGCCAAAAUCAACUCUGCGUGGCGCUGUACGGCGACGGAGCAGCCAAUCAGGGGCAGAUCUUUGAGGCCUUCAACAUGGCCGCCCUCUGGAAGCUGCCGUGCAUCUUCAUCUGCGAGAACAACCAAUACGCCAUGGGCACGUCGGUGGAGAGGGCGUCGGCCAGCACGGACUACUACAAGAGAGGCGACUACAUACCGGGAAUAAGGGUGGACGGGAUGGACGUCCUGUGUGUGAGGGAGGCGGUCAAGUUUGCAGCAGACCACUGCCGAGCCGGAAAGGGUCCGGUGGUGAUGGAGCUACAGACUUACCGUUACCAUGGACACAGCAUGAGUGACCCGGGGGUCAGCUACCGCUCCCGGGAUGAGAUCCGGGAAGUGCGCGUCAAGAACGACCCCAUCGCCAUGUUGAAGGAGAGGAUGCUGGACAACAAUAUGGCGUCUGCCGAGGAACUGAAAGUAAUGGACGUGGCCAUCAGGAAGGAGGUGGAGGAGGCCGCCUUGUUUGCCACGUCCGAACCGGAGCCACCGCUGGACGAGCUUUGCAACCACAUUUUCAAAGGCAACGCGCCCCUGGAAGUGCGCGGGACCAACCCCUGGUCUAAGCUCACGUCCGUAAGCUAGUCCGGCAGCUGGGCUCCCAGCCUGGGACUGGAUCCCUCCUGCCGCUAAAACGAGGCCCUGAAGAGUGUGAGAACUUUGCAGCAUUCCGCACCUUCACAAGCCCGGAAUUGGACCUGUGACACUUUUUAUAGAUGUAUUUAUUAAUAAUAUAUUCAACUUUUUACUGAAACAGCAUAUGGCUUUUACCAGUGAUUGUAUCUAUGUAAAGAUUCUCUACGGUAUUUUAUUUUUGUUACAUCCUCGUAGCAAUCGAGCACUUUGGUUUACAGGUGGUUUGUCUUUUUUUUGUUUUGUUUUUUACAGCAAAGUAGGAACUUUGUGGGUUUGAUGCCAACUGACUCAAUACAGUUUGUGCUCAAAAACGUGCUAUUCUAUCAUCUGCCGCUAGGUGUCUCUGCAGAGCUAGACAUGUAAUGGUAAUGAAAUGCAGCCAUGGCAACAAAA